AUGCCUGCUCACUCCAAGCUCCUACCCGAUCGCUCCGUCAAACAGAUACUCUCAAGUCUCACGUCACUCUACCUCCGACACCGCACUGCAGUCUCACGAACGGUGUAUCUUGCCCUAUUUGCAGCUCUUGCGAAGCGAAUUCAUAAUGCCAUCUCCGAACAAAAGGCAGCCUCCCAGCAGGUAGAACUGCGCCGGCGGCCCGCCACUGCCAGCCUCGGUGAUGAGGAUCAACCGCGCAAAAAGAGGGUGGGUAUCAACCACGAGUUCUUCAAGCGCUUGCUUCGCUUACUCCGAAUCCUUAUCCCUGGUUGGCGUAGCAAGGAACUGCGGCUUCUGUUCAGUCACAGCAUCUUUCUCGUGCUCCGGACGUUGCUCAGUCUCUACGUUGCCGAACUGGAUGGCCAUCUUGUCAGUAACCUAGUUCGAGGAAAGGGCAAGGAUUUUUUGCUGAACAUUUUCUGGUGGAUGAUUGUGGCUAUACCUGCAACCUUCACAAACUCCAUGCUCUCAUACCACCAAUGCAAACUCUCUCUAAGCUACCGGAAACGCUUGACCGACUAUAUCCACGAGAAAUACCUAUCCAACAUGACUUUCUAUGCAAUCUCCGCUCUCGAUGACCGGAUCAAGAACCCAGAUCAGCUGGUUACGGUUGAUGUGUCCCGCUUCUCAGAUAGCUUGGCCGAACUCUAUUCUAAUUUAGCAAAGCCCAUUCUGGAUAUGGUUGUCUACAACUACUCUCUCUCAAAGAAUGUUGGAGGCGAGGGGUUGUUCAUCAUGAGUUUGCUGGUACAAAUUUCCGCCAACGUGAUGCGCAUGCUGACCCCGCCGUUUGGCAAAUAUGUCGCUGACGAGGCUCGCCUGGAAGGUGAAUUCCGGUUCUUGCACUCCCGACUCAUUGACUACAGCGAAGAAAUUGCCUUGUAUCAUGGGCAUGAAGCUGAGAAAGAUACUCUUGAUAAAGGCUACUUCACCCUGAUCAAACAUGUCAAUCGCAUCCUGCGUCGACGUCUGUAUCAUGGAUUUAUGGAAGAUUUUGUAAUCAAAUACUUCUGGGGUGCCUUAGGUUUGAUGCUGUGCAGUGUGCCGGUGUUCUUCAAAAUUCCGAACCAGGUCACGCAGACCAUGGGAGACCGAACUGAGAGCUUCGUCGUCAAUCGACGAAUGCUAUUAUCUUCGUCUGAUGCGUUUGGCCGUCUUAUGUUCUCCUACAAGGAGAUCUCUGAGCUGGCUGGCUACACUUUCCGUGUCUCCUCGCUAAUUGAGGUCAUGGAUGACCUCUUAGCAGGGAGAUUCGAGAAGAAAUUGGUCUCCUCAGCAUCGACCGAGGAGAAUGCAGCCGUUCUCUCCGGUCGUGGUAAGGCCAUAGAAGGCGACUCCAUCGAAUUUAAAGACGUGCCAAUUGUAUCACCCAAUGGGGAUGUUUUAGUCCGAAAGCUAUCCUUCACAGUUCAUUCUGGCGACCAUCUCCUCAUUGUCGGCCCCAAUGGAUGUGGCAAAUCCUCACUGUUCCGCAUUCUGGGCGGACUCUGGCCUGUCUACGGCGGCUUUGUCAAAAAACCUCGGUUUGAAGACAUCUUCUACAUUCCGCAAAGGCCAUAUCUCUCCCGUGGAACCCUUAGGCAGCAGGUCACAUACCCGGACGGCAUUCGCGAGAUGCGCGCCAAAGGUAUAACAGACGCAGACCUGUACGAGGUUCUGUCUGUGGUUGAAAUCGCCUCAGUGGUCGAUCGUCCCGGCAGCUGGGAUGCUGAGGAAGAAUGGCGAGAUGUGUUGUCGGGUGGCAUGCAACAGCGCAUUGCCAUGGCACGUCUGUUCUACCACCGACCCAAGUUUGCCAUUUUGGACGAAUGUACCUCCUCUGUAACACUUGAAAUCGAGAAGGUCAUGUACGAGACGGCGAAGAAGCUGGGCAUCACAUUGAUGACGGUCAGCCACAGACGGAGUCUGUGGAAAUACCAUAAGAAGAUCCUCACCUUCGAUGGUCAAGGCGGUUACGUGUUUGCCGAGCUUGACUGGGAAAAACGUCUAAAGCUUGAAGAUGAGAAAGAAGAAUUGGAAUUGCAACUACGGACUGUACCCGAGUUGCAGCGACGGAUUGAUGAAUUGAUGGACAUUUAA